CAGACGCAGACAGACACUCGAGUCUAGUGUCAUUUUGUUCAAGUUUGACAGUACUAUGUGGCCUAUGUUCCUCCUGAAGUUUUGAUUAUUUUCUGUAAUUUCAUUAUUUUUAUGUAUAGUAGUGUAUGAACUGCAGUGCAUUGAGUUUUAAAAGACAGAAAAGAAAAUAUUGGCAAUGAGACUGUAGUCAUAACUGUCAUAUUCUAGACAGCCGUCAAAAGGUUUUGUCCAUUCAAUUAAGAAUGGUUGUGGUAGUUGAGGAACUGAGUAGAAAGGCGAAAGAAGCAACAGCUAUGCGAGAAGACCUCUCGACUCGUCUGGAUGGAACGCUAAAAGUACUGGCAGGUGUUCGAGCAGGUCUUGAGCACAUUGCAGAGAAAUUAGAGACAGCAGAGAAAGAACGGCCUCCCAGAGUUCAGUCAUCACUACAGUACUUGGUUAUUCUUAUGUCUUACUGUUCUAAACGAGCAACUGAACUCAUGGAAGCAUUCACUGAUGUUGUAAUAGAGUUAAAGCUAACAGAAAUGUUCGAAGAAGAGCGUGAGAAUGGUGGAAUGCUGACAUCACCUGAAAACAUACGGGUGGCCUUCCCUGCUACAGGUCCAUCAACAAAAGUAGCACAGCCACAGGCUGAAGAAGGAGCAGACAGUGGAGAAGAGGAGGAGUCUCUGACCAGGAAAUUCAUCAAGCGCCAAGCCCAAAUGAUUGUUGAAGCCAAAGCACGCAAAAGGAACAGGCCUGUGUCAACAUUCAAAUCUUAAGAAAAUUAUUAGAUUGUAGAUGAAGACUAUAUUGUGAUUCCAAGAAUGACUUAGUGGGUUUGUAAUGGGUGGUACCAUAGGUCUUGAUUAGCUAUGAAUCCCAUGGAUAUAUCCCUAUAUUAAGGAUAUGUUCUAUAGGUAAGCUUCUGCAUGGAAAAGGAUCAUCUUAAGGACUUGACGGUACAAUUAGACCAGUGGGUGGUCUCUCACUUGGUGGAUCUUUCAGCCAGAUACAUCCCAGGCAAGAGAACCAUGGUGGCAGAUGAACUGAGUCAUUGGGCUCAGGUUCUGGGAACAGUGGUCACUGUGUUUUUAUCUGUAAGGAAGGCCAUCAGUAGAUUUUUUUGCAACCAGACACAACAAAAACGUAGAGGUAUUUUGUUCAGUCGUUCCAGAGCUCUGGGCCUUGGCAGAGGAUGCCUGAGAUAAUCUGAAUGUAUGCACCUUUACCCCUGUUUGCCUAACCUGCCAAGUUAUCAACAGUGAUGAUUGCUCAGAACAUCAGGGUGACCCUUGUAACUCCCUUGUGGCCACAUGCAAAAUGGUAUCCUGAUCUACUAGCCUUGCUGACAGAAGCACUGAGAGAGAUUCCUCCGUGGAACAAUUUAUAUGCUAACCACCUAUCAAGAGAGGUUUCACAAGUCGGUAGGGUCCUUAUCUGUUCACAGUUGGAGACUAUUCCAGUAUCUCCUGUGAGUGAGAGGCUUUCCUCACAGAGCAGUGUCAGAAAUGUCUGGUUAUCUCAGACGACACCAAUCACAGAAGAGUGGGCCAUCUUCUGUGAUUGGUGCCGUCAACAGGAUUUCUCUCCAGUCAGAACUAAUAUUCAGCAAGUAGAGGACUUAAUAAUUUUUCUCCAUAGGGAGGAACUCCUUUUGUGUCAGUCAUCAAGGGCUAUAGGGCUUCUCAAGGUCUAGUUCUAUAUUUGAAGGAUAUAGACCUAUUGUCAUUGUGGAAAAUUUCUAUGCUUCUUAGGCAUAUUCCUUAUAAACCCUUACAGGUUUCAUCAGAGAAAUUCAACCCUCAAGACAGUUUUCCUUUUAGCCUUGGCCUCGUCAAAGAGUUUAUGAACUUCACAGGCUCUCUUUUUAUGUUAAACAGGAGGGGUUGGGGGUCUGUAGACUUUGAAUUUGUCCUGGAAUUCCUAGCUAAGACUCAAAAUCCCUCGGUUCACAAUGUCAGAUUUUAGUUUUUUCUAUCCCUUCCCUUGAAGAUUUUGUUGGUAAUGACUCUUGACAAAUUACUUUUAUUUCCUGUCUGAGAACAUAUUGUUAGGGGUCUAGGCCCUUCCAUCUCUUUCAAAAAGAACUUGUCAUUUCAAAGGAUUUUAAAGGUUGGUACAUGACUUUGCCAAACCACCUUCACAUCCUUCUGUCUGUGGGACAUUGUCCACAGGACCUUGGACACUUUUGCCAUGAAUCCAGUGGUGGCUGCUCUUCAAGUUGUGUAGCUCAUCCAGUGUCCCUAGCAGAACAGUUUGUACCUUUGCUAAGAUAUUGGUUUUGAAGUGAUAGUGACUGGGAUAACCGGUCUUGCCUUUUCUUUCUUUCUUCUACUGGCAGGCAGUGGAGAGAAUUAAUCCAUCAUGUGCUGAAACUGGUCAGAUACAGGUGAGAGUGUUGUAUAUUAUUCGUUUUACUCUCUUUCUCUUUUCUCUUCUCUUUAUUAUUAAUCAGUCUUUUGUUCAUGAAACUUACCU